AUGACUACUGCCAUAAAUCAUCCUAUAAAAAUGAUUGGUUUGAAAAAAGGUUAUGCCAAAUUAGCAAAGACAGGCGACAUUGAUUUUUUCUUUACUGUACCAGUGCAGUUAUUUGACAGUUACAAAAAACAGAAGUUUGUUACCACCAAUAAUAAUAACGCCAAGAGAAAAUCAUCCUGGAUUAAAAAUCGUGUCAAGCAAUAUGUUCUAGGGAUUGAUUUGAGUUCCAAAUUAGAUGUUGAUGAAGGUAAUAGAUUAGGUAAUGUCAGUGGUGGUGAUGGACAUUCUUUAUUAGGUGGACGUAGAAAGAAAAAGUAA